UUAAACUGGAUUCAACCAAAGAGUUUUACUGCCUCACAGCCCAAAACUGCACAAACAUUUGAAGGGCUGACAUAUUUGCUGGAUUACACUUUUCUAACAUUCAUUGUCUUUUUCUGAUGAAGAAUCUGAGUUAUCACAGUGUUAUAAGAAUUGUGUUGAAUGUUGAAUUUUGCCAGUAACAUCACAUUACGUAAGGACAUCAGUAUGAGUAGCAGCGUAAACCACUCACAGGAUUUUCUUUAUGCUAACAUAUCUCCUCGUGUCCCUCACUUGCUGCCUUUGCUCGCCUCUUACCUCCUCCCAGCGUGGAUGUGAUGCGAGAACAGAGGAGGCGAAGCUGGCCAAUGAGAAAUCCUUGGUUCAAUAACAUCAGGCUUGAGCGACGCCAGUUAUUUAUCACAUGCUGCACAGCAUCACUUUUCAACGGCUGGUAUGAAUGUUCAGAGAACCCUUUAUUUAAGAACAAUUUCAAAACCUCACAGUACUCAUUUAAAUAUGUAAAUAGUUUAACAGAGCUGAUUAUUAUUUAGUAGUAUUUUUUGUUCUUAAUAUUCCUUUUAAAUCUUAUAACUUAUGUUAAUCUCAGUCUUAUUUGUUAUGAUUACUUUGGCUAUUUAUUAACUUUAAUUUUUUAUCUGCACAAUAAUACACCACAUAAGAAUGUGUUUAUGUUGAUUAUACUGUAAAAUAAAAAGAGAAAGGGGAACCACAGGUCAGGUUUUUGGGGCUCUGAGUGCAUACCUCCUACAUCUACCUUUCGGACUUCCCUGGUGGUUAUAAUGUUAUGCAGCCCCAUACCAACAAACUGAUGCACUGUGUGUUCGGAAACCAGCAUUAACUUUUCAGCAGUUUGAGCUGCAGUAGUUCAUCUGUUGGAUUGGACCACACGGGCCAGCCUUCACUCCCAACGUUACAUCAGUGACCAGUUCACCACAUUUCCUUCAAUGGACCACUUUUGAUUGGUACUGACCACUGCAGACCGGGACACCCCACAAGAGUGUGGACGCAGUUUGGAGAUGCUCUGACCCAGUCGUCUAGCCAUCACAGUUUGGCCCUUGUCAAAGUCGCUCAAAUCAUCACGCUGCCCAUAUUUCCUGCUUCUAACACAUCAACUUGAGGACAAAAUGUUCACUUGCUGCCUGAUAUAUCCCACCUACUGACAGGUACCAUGAUAACCAGAUAGUCAGUGUUAUCCACUUCACCUGUCAGUGGUCAUAAUGUUAUGGCUGAUUGAUGUAUGACUGUAUCUGCUUUGAGUCUACCAUUACAAAUUUGGUGCCAUUUGACCAAUAGGUGGCACUGCAGCAGCAUCAUCGUACUAUAAAGGAAGGAAUAUUUGAAAAACCAUUCAUCUGACCAACUUCACACUUGGUGGGUGUAUUGCUGAGGACUGAAAGGAGUGCAGAGUUGAAUGUGUAGCAGAAAUGCUCACAAGUCACUUUUGCAUUAUCUGCUGCCUGCAAUUCGGAGCGCUUAGAGCACUUCAUAGCUAUAUCUAAGGAAUUCAAAGCAUGGUCCACAUUGUUUGGUAUGUUUGGCAAUGCAUUAUGAAAAAAACACAUAAUGAAAGUAUGGCUGGGCGAUAUGGCAUAACAGUUUUGUAACACCAGACCACUGAUUUAUGAUAUUAAUAUGGUGUGUUUCUUUUGUCUUUUCUUUUUUUUUUUUUUUUACAUUUGAACGGAAGUCAUCUUUUCAAAAUGAAAGCGCAAGUGAUUUGGUAUGAAACUCCUAAAACGGAAAUGGGAAAAGAAUGAGGAUGUAAGACGAGGAGGAGUUACAGCAGAAUUUCAAAGACCACAACACAAGCUGGGAUAAAACUGGAUUGGAUUUGUUUUGCAACAGAUUACAAACAUUGACAUGCACAGAGAUUUAUUUGAGAUUAGAGGAAACCUUCCCUCAAAGUGCUUCUCUUUCCAAUCAUACAUUAUGUCUAAAAUCAGUUUCAGAAGACCACACAAUUACUGAGCCUUUUUAAAACCCUUUUUAAAACUAUAUAGUUACCUGCUGUUUUGAAAGAUUUACUUAGUAGGAAGCAAAUCUACAAGCGAGGACACAGGUGGACUGACGCUUUAAAUUAAACUGACUGGAGAAGAAAGUCAAAUUUCAAACAAGUUUCAGUAGCUUGAAGCAGCUAUAAGCUGAGCUGUAAGUAAAAGUAAUGUCAAUGUGACCAACAAUAUGGUAACAUGUUCAAGACAGAGACAAAAAAGAGCAGAGAUUCAACAAGUGAGGUUUUUUAAAAUGUCCUUACCACAUUAUAAAAAUGCUGAAAAGUCCAAACUGAAGUUGAAGUUGAAGUACUUUGAGUCCUUACUCUAUUUAUUACACCGCUGAACCAAACUCCUUGACUGACGCCCCUCUUCUGUCUUCUGUCAUGAUGAUGGACUAAACACUAGACAGAUGUGUCUGUAUUGUGUUGUUGUAGCUUCCAGAGUCUCCUUCAUGGUUUUCUUUUACAGGCGGUUUGAAGAGAACAAAAAACUGUUGUAAAGAGAUUAACUUUUAAAAAUCAACAAGAAAAUGACUUCAAAGAGUUGUCACUUUCAGAAUGGCUGCUGUGACUGCCAAUGUCUUCAACGCAAGCUCCCCCCACCCCUGGCACUUGUGGUUUUACUGUAACUCAUUUAAACUGAGAGACAUGAAACUUCUCUGACAUUUCAGAGAAAGGUAACUGAAUUACAUGAAGGCAGACUGAAUACAUGGACUUUCACACGGUGAAGAAUGAUCCUUCUAGACUUUCCACUAUACCUCAUGGAAACUUUGAAACGCUGGUGUUCUCUGUGUGGAUGUAUCAUUGUGUUUAUGUUCCUUACAACGGUGAGCAAAGGGUUAGCAUGUGAGGCUCCUUCUAGUCCGCAGUGCUUCAAAAGAAAAGCUGAAGAGGCCUUUUACAUCUGUGAAUGGAGCAUGAAUACGACUGAGAGUGAUGUGACAUUUGACCUUUACUUUUUUGAUGAAAACUUUGGGAGCACAAACACCACCUGGUAUGAGAUCCACGAAGAUCGACUUAUCAAAACUCGUUCUGUUGACAUUUGGGUGGAAGCUUAUGUAGGAAACUCCAGCUGUACGUCAACCAAGAGGUCUGUUACACUGUCGCAAACAGUUAAAUAUGAAGCACCGCAAAAAAUUUCCAUCUCCUGGUUAAAAAACGGCCUCAAACUAAGAUGGGCAGCAGUAGAGCAGAAUUCAGCUUUAGCCGAGGUCCGGUUCCAACGACAUGAUGAACACCACACAGAAUUAUGGGAGAAUAGAACAACAAAUACCACGAUUGAGUCUUCUAUGUACCAGGUCAUUGUUACGAAUAUGUCAAAGCAUUCAGCUUACCGGGUUCAAAUCAGACAUCGGCCCACUCAGCCCCGUAACCCACUGUGGAGCGACUGGUCUCCAGUUGUGAUGGUUCCUGCAGAGCUUGAACGAUCACCUGAAGUCUCUGUGACAACAAGACUUGUAAAUGGCACUCGAAGGGUGAUGCUAACGUGGAAGCCGAUGCCUCACACAGCGUCAGUCGGAAAAGUGAAUUACACCCUGAAAGACACGCAGUCUUCUCGUGGAUGUCCUUGUGAGGAAAGGACACAUCACUUCAAAUGGAAUAAAUACACUACUUAUAUCUCGUACUCUGCUGCCAACAUCUCUGUUAUCGCCAGAAACGCAGCAGGGUAUUCUCCUCCAGCAAUCAUACAAGUACCGGCCGUACCUGCUGCAGAUUUAAAAAGUUGUGAUAAAACUUUACUGAAUGAAAAAUUAAAUAAGCAAACUUGCCUUGAGUUGUAUGACCUUCAGGAUGGAGAUUCAAGGUCAGAAAAUGUGAUUACUUUAACAGGAAGGAAGAAAAAAAAGGAAAGGGAGCAAAUAAGAGAAAGUAUAAAGGACUAUGUUCGCUACCUUUACUUUGAACAUACAUGUGAUGGUGAUAGGAAACCACGGACGGUUAAACGGUGCCUCUUUUAUAAAAAAGAGGGUGUUCCACUCAGGGAACCUCAGGACUUCACUCCUUCUAGUGAAACAGAUCAUUCUGUCGACUUGUCUUGGAAAGCGAUUCCCUCUGUGGACCAACGAGGUUUCCUCACACACUACAGCCUCUGCAGAGUGAAAAUCAGCUCACAGGAAGAACACAAAGACUGCCAAAACAUAUCAGCCUCACUGAUAAAUCACCGUCUGGAAAACUUGACACCGGGAACGAAAUACAACAUCAGCCUGGCCGGAGUCACACGAGUGGGAGAAGGACCUCGAGCCACAAUAACCAUAAACACACAACCAAAGAAGCCUGUGAAUGUGUUGUGGAGUCUUCUCUUUCUGUUUGGGUUCUUUUUCAUCUCAACAGUGUGCACCUUUAUCUUGAAGAGAAUCAAAAACAAGAUCUUCCCUCCUGUGCCGACACCUGUUAUUCCAGAUUUCACCCCCUGUCAACCAGAGAGUCAGCAGAUGCUGGAGAGAAAGGAGGAGGUUCAUGAGCUGACACUGCACCAGCUACAUCCAGAGCGCAAGUCUCUCCCCGAGGACGCAGAGGAGACCCCUGUCUUUAGAGGAAAGUGGGAUGAUGGCACCGACGAGGAUGCGGAGGAUGAGAGGGGUGAUUCAAGGAUGCCAGGAGGAAGCAGCGAUGAGUGUUUGAGUACAGAUCAGGCACUGAGGAGCUCCAGAGAAGGGGAAAUGACUGAUAUGGAUCAGGUGGACAAUGAAAUCGCCAUGCUGAUAUACAGGAAUGGUUUGGUCUUUGACGUGAAGACAGAUUCGACUUAAACUGGAUUUAACUUACGGUUUUACUGCCUCGCAGCACAAAAUUGCACAAACACAUGAAAGGUUGACAUAUCUGUUGACUUAUAUGAAAGACUGGAUGAAUCAUUUUCAAGUUCUAAUUCUAAUAGUUUACAUUUUUCUAAUGAAGAAUCUGAGGAAUCACCAUGUUAUAAGGAAACAAUUUGUUUAAUUUUCAUGUUGAAUUUUUCCAGUAACUUUUUUAUGAGGACAACAGUACAAGCAGUAGGGUUAACCACUCACAGGCUUUGUCAAUGCACGUUGUCAAUAAAGUGUGGACAGCAAAUUCUGGUUCAGACUUUUAUGAUUUUUGCCAGUUUGAGCUGUUUCCAGACAAGCAAAUUCUGUUCAUAGACUAAUUUUAUUGUCGGUCCAUCUCUUUCGUUCAGACUGAAAUAUCUCAACAACCUUGCAAUGAAUUGAACUUUAACAUUCAUGGUCCUACUGACUUUGGUGAUGCUACUUUUGCUGUAGCUCCCUCAUGAAGCAGACAUUUUUGUUUUUUAGGCAAAUGUCUGAACUGUUGGAUGCAUGAAAUCUGAUACAGACAAUCACGGUCUGUAGGAUGAAUUUUAUAACAUUGAUGAUCCUCAGCUGCACUUUGAGUUUCGUGUGAGUAAAUGUUAACAUGCUAAGUUAACACUCUAACCUGAAAUGCCAAAUUUAACAAUAAAAACAUGAAAUCAUGAAUAAUAAA